UGCGCGCGGGCGCGGGGGCGGGGCCGCGGGCGCGGCGGGAACGGAGCGCCCCCUGGCGGAGAGCGCUGAGGGAAGGGGUGACACCGUGCCGCCACCAUGGGCUCCGUGCGUUCCCUGCCCGCCGCCAGCGCUGCCCCGAGCCGGAGGAAGGCUGAGCAUGAGGAGGAUGAGGAUGUGUUGGUCGCCCAGGAGCCCGUGGAGGACGUGGCCAAGAUUCCCUACAUGGAAUUCACGGGCCGGGACAGCGUCACCUGUCCCACCUGCCAAGGCACUGGCUGCAUCCCCACAGAGCAGGUGAAUGAGUUGGUGGCUCUGAUCCCUUACAGCGACCAAAGGCUUCGUCCUCAGAGAACGAAACUCUAUGUGCUGCUCUCAGUGCUGCUCUGCCUGCUGCUAUCCGGCCUGGGGGUGUUCUUCCUGUUCCCCCACUCCGUGCUGGUGGACGAUGGUGGCAUCAAAGUGGUCCAGGUGUGGUUUGACAGGAAAAACUCCGCUGUCCUCCUGGCCAUCACGGCCACCCUGAGGAUCAGGAAUUCCAACUUCUACUCGGUGUCGGUGAGCAGCCUGAGCAGCCAGGUGCAGUACAUGAACACCGUGGUGGGCAGCCAGCAGCUCACCAACGUCUCCAGCAUCCAGCCCCUGAGGGACAAACUGGUGAAUUUCACCGUGAAAGCAGAGCUGGGUGGAUCCCUGUCCUAUGUGUAUUUUUUCUGCACUUUGCCCAAGGUGAAGGUCCACAACAUCGUGAUCCUCAUGAGGACCUCGGUGAAGCUGUCCUACAUCGGCCGCAGCGCCCAGAGCGCCCUGGAGACCUUCCACUACCUGGACUGCAGCUCCAACUCCACGGCCCCGCUGCCCGCCGCGGCCCGGGCGGCGCCCUGAGGGCACCGGGGCAGCACCGGGGCAGCACCGGGACGUGAGUGGCUCUGCGGGGACACACCCGGCGGCUCUGCGGGGACACACCCGGCAGCUCCGGGCCCUUUGGGUGCUCCUUCCCCUCCUCUUUGCUGAGGAAUCCGGAACUUUUCCCUCCUCAAUUAAGGGUUGAAAAUCACAGAGGUUUUCAGUGCUCUGCACCUGUUCUGCAAGCUUGGUGCCGCCAGGGUGUUUCGGGGUAAAUGGGUUUGAUUUUUGAGAGUGAAUGUAUUUAUUUUUUUCAGGGGAAAUGAGGUUAUUUUCCUGCUCAGUGGUGGCAGCACCUCAGGACCCCAAAAAAGGGACAGUUCCCACCUGCAAUGAGCCUCUGUUAUACCUUGGAAGGAGGCAAAGGAACCCAAAUCUUGGGAAUGAACAUCUUCCUCAUUUUUCCCCUGUGGCUCCGACAGCUUUGGCAUCCAGAGGCUCUUCCCUGGGGUUUGAAAUCCGGGAAUUUGCUGCUUUUUGUGCUCCACUUCCCAAAGCAGCGGGGACUGGAGGGGGUUCUGUGGGAGGCUGGGAUUCCAAGGCCUCCCUGCCGGGAGCUGGACAUUCCUGCCAGGCACUAUCGAGAGCAAAAUCCAGCUGCAAGCUCGGCCCCCGCAGCCCUUUGGCAUUUUGCCCCUUUUUGGGAGUUUUUUUCUGGAAUUUCAGCCCUCGUUUCCCGUGGGAUUUGGGAUUCAGACACAGCUACAUCUGAGGGGAUCCUUCCUCAGUGGAAAAAUUACUGGAUAUUUGGGUGACAGUGGCACAAAAUCCACACUUUGCUCCCUUUUCCAGCAGGAGAUUCCUGCCCCUGCAGCAUUUGUGGGGCUGAAUUCUUCAUUAAACCUGAUUUGGAUCUUUC